GAAUUCACUCGCGUUUGCUCCAAUUCACUCGGCGACAAUUGCCAUACAAAAUUCCAAUCCACAAGACGCCUUUCUUUACUCUCAUGGCACCAGCCUCAAAGCGAUCGCCACACACAGAGGGCAUGGAACCAGAGAAAGAACUUGAAUCAGGACCUCAGAGCAGCAUCACCGUCGCCGCCGGCAUCCCUGCCCCCCCAGCAAGCACCUUGGGGAGCGAGACAAAUUCGGCCCACAGCAGCCCGAUGGCGACGACACACCCUGCUGAACCUGUUGCUCGUCCCAGCAUCCCCUUCCAUGCCAGCAGGGAGAGGGAUGACCCGGAGAGCAGUAGUGGCAGACACAUGAUGCCGCCAGUUGCGACCCAACCAGCCGGUCGAGACUAUCAUGAGUAUGAAUUCUCAGACCUCGAUGAGAUUACCGUGCGCCAGCUGAACGAGGACAUCCUGGCCUACCGGUACGACCUCGAUUAUUGCAGAGCCCAGCUGGAGGAGGCAGACUUGACCCCCCAAGAGACUCGAACGUUGCAACUGCGCACCCUCGACCUCGGGCAUCAGAUUCGGCAUUGCACGCACCGGAUUGAAACCAUCAAAGCGCAAUCGCGGAAGCGCACUACUUUCCGCUCCCCGUAUAGCACAACGGCCGCGAUGCCCUAUUCGGCCAACGGAAUCAACGGCAGUGGCAAGCAACCUCGUGCUGUAUCCGGUGGACAAGGUGGGCAAGAUACCGCUAUGCUCCCAGCCCGGCGCCUGACCGCGGUACCCACCUUCGCGGGGGGAAAGCGCCCAACCCCAGACGAGGACCACGGGAGCGUGAAGCGGGUCAAGACGGCGUCGCCCGGCUUGGACCUGAUAGGAGGCCCGAUGGAGGACGGCGUCAACACGGCGCUGCAGCGUCUCGGUUUUUGGAAAUGUCGUCUCUGCUCGGCCCCCAAGUACUUGCUGGCCGGGGCCGGCAGGUCUCCGGCGGCGCCAUGCAAGUGGCCGCUCAAGGAUAUCUCCAAGAUGAUUACCCACUUUACCGAAAUGCAUAACGAGCACACGCCCGCCGAGCGAUGCGUCGAGCUGGGCUCAGCUCUAGCUCAGAACCGCGGUCCAUUUGAGUAUUGGCUUCGGAGAACUCGCGCGCAGAACAUCAGCGAUGGGAGCAUCAUUGAUGACUGCUUUGACACUCUGCUCGAAGGUGAUAUGCCCGAUCUGCUCAGGCGCCACAGUCGGGCUGCUGCAGGAAUGCUUGUGUCUUGAUAGGGGCCUGAAAAGGUCCUAUUCACGCCCCCCCCCUUACCAUUCAAUUGAAUCACCUCGCUAGCUUGCAGUUCACGUUAUUAUGGUUUCCAAGUGUGGCG